GCAGAUCGGGAGCGGCGCAGAGAAAUUUCCUUACUAGAUGACAUUUCAUCGCAAUGUCCGAUCGUUUGGGGCAAAUAACCAAGGGAAAGGAUGGGAAAAGCAAGUACUCGACUCUCAGCCUGUUUGAUAAGUAUAAAGGAAAGUCAAUAGAAGCUAUCAGAACUACAGUUAUUCCUAGACAUGGCUUACAGAGUCUUGGGAAAGUUGCUGCUGCCCGGCGCAUGCCACCUCCUGCAAACUUGCCUAGCUUGAAGUCUGAGAACAAAGGAAACGACCCCAACAUCAUUAUAGUACCCAAGGACGGUACAGGAUGGGCAAACAAGCAGGAUCAGUCAGACCAAAAGAGUUCCAGUGCAACGGCUGCACAGCUGCAGGAGUCGCUGCCGCAGCAGGGUUUGCAGAAAUCUGUCUCCAAUUUACAGAAGCCGACACAGUCAAUCAGUCAGGAGAGUACAAAUUCAGUGCCAGGUGGACCAAAGUCAUGGGCACAGCUGAAUGGAAAGCCAGCAGGACAAGAAGGUGGUUCAAGGGCCUCAAGCCGACUGUUAUCCUUCUCUCCCGAGGAAUUUCCGACGCUGAAAGCAGCUGGCGAGCAGGACAAGGUUGGCAAAGAAAAGGGCGCCUUAGAUCCGUCGUAUGGGCCAGGACCAAGCCUCCGCCCCCAGAAUGUCACCAGUUGGAGGGAGGGCGGUGGGAGGAACAUAACCUCUGCCACAUCUCUGACCGCCUCCCCUGCUGAGCUGGGCAGCAAGACCUCUAGCACCGGAGACGGAGCCCCCUCCUCAGUGAGUGCCAGCGAUCCAAAGGAGCCGUCUCUCCGCCCAGCUCAGCCUGUCCGCAAAGGGGCUUCGCAGUUCAUGGGAAAUGUCUACCAACCACCUACAUACCAUGACAUGCUACCUGCUUUUAUGUGUCCACAACAGCCAUCUGAGACCCCUGCACCGCUGGACCGAGGGUCUUUCCCCCUUCCUCAGCUUCGGCUUGAGCCCCGGGUACCUUUCAGACAAUACCAGAUGAAUGACCAGGAUGGAAAAGAAAACAGGCUUAGCCUGUCUCGCCCAACACGUCCAGUUCGGCAGCAAAUAGAGAGAGCACCUCGGCCCACCAUUAUCAAUGCAGAGAACCUAAAGGGGCUGGAUGAACUAGACACUGAUGCGGAUGACGGAUGGGCAGGCAUUCAUGAUGAAGUGGAUUACUCGGAGAAACUGAAGUUUAGUGAAGAUGAGGAAGAGGAAGAAACUCUUAAAGAUGGACGACAGAAGUGGAACAGCUGGGAUCCCAGAAGGCAGAGACAAUUGUCCCUGAGCUCUGCAGACAGUGCAGAUGUCAAACACACCUUGGAGGAAGGAAAGAAUUGGGGUGACUCGGCUGGCUUGUCCCGGUCAGUCCGGAAAGUGCAGGAUACACAACAGCCUCCGAGGAAACUGAAUGGCUGGAGCUCUGCAUCUGAAUACCAGAAGCCCACACUGGGAGGUAUUCUCAGACAGCAGUCCCUUGAGGAUAAAGAAGAAAAGGUGCCACUGAGGCAGAAGUUUGUGCACUCUGAGAUCUCAGAGGCUGUAGAGAGAGCCAGGAGACGACGGGAGGAGGAGGAGCGACGAGCCAGGGAGGAGCGUCUGGCAGCCUGUGCUGCAAAGCUGAAGCAACUCGAUCAGAAAUGCAAACUGGCCCAGAAGAAUGGGGAGAACCAGAAACACACAGAGAAUGAAGACUUGCGACCCCCAAGCACAGAGAAAAAUGCUGUGCAAGAGAAUGGUCAUGCUUUCCGUAGAGCAACCCCGGAGUUUCACACGCAGGAUGUCUCUGUUGGCUAUCUGGAAGAGGAGACUCCUGCCCCAGCAGCAGCAGCAGCAGCCCAAAGCAGCAGUGAGGAGGAGCUCAGAGAAGCUCCCUCCCCAGCACAGGAAUUCAACAAAUACCAGAAGUCUCUUCCCCCACGAUUCCAGAGGCAGCAGCAGCAACAACAGCAGGAGCAGCUGUACAAGAUGCAGCACUGGCAGCAGCAGCAAGUCUAUCCUCCCCCAUCCCAUUCCCAUCCCCAACGGACGUUCUACCCACCGCACCCCCAGAUGCUUGGCUUUGAUCCUCGCUGGAUGAUGAUGCCCUCUUAUAUGGACCCUCGCAUGGCCCAGAGUCGCACCCCUGUGGAUUUCUACCCUUCAGCCCUUCACCCUUCAGGUAAGAUGUUUUCAGCAGAAAGGAAAACUGCUCCCUUGGACACUGUGCCAGUGUGGGGCCAGGAGAGCUACACAUCUCUGCAGAGCAAAGGGUACUCCCUGUCACAUCAAAAACAGGCUGACAACAUGACCAUGGAGGGGCUGCAUGCCAGGAAUGACAGUUACUCUGCUUCUCCUGGAAGGCCAGAGAGUCUGAGCACCCAGCGAGAUCUCUUUGAGGAGAGAGGGGAGGAAUAUUUGAAUGCUUUUGACAAGAAGGCCCAAUCAGACUUUGACAGCUGCCUGUCUUCUCAGAGGAUAGGCCAAGAUCUCUUGUUUCAGCAUCAGGAGACUGUGCAGGAAACCUGUCCUGCUGGCAACCGCCACACAAACUUGAGGUGUUCACCCCUAGAGCCUGACUUUAUCCAAGCAGAGAAGAAGCCUGAAUAUAACGGCUGGGAUAUCAGCCACCAUCAGAAACCUGCAGAGACUGCAACGGAAGUUGCCGAAGAAGUGUCCAGGGAUGAGCAGUCAUUCAGUGGUGACCCUUGGAAGAAAGAAGGCGCUAAUACCAAACAGCCCACUGAAGAGACAACAGAGUGGGCUCCUGAGAACCGGAACACCAGUGGUCAGCACCAGGAGCAAAUGGGGAGGACACGGCGAUCAGGCCCAAUUAAAAAACCAGUCCUGAAAGCCCUCAAGGUGGAAGAGAAGGAGAAGGAGAUGGAGAAGGUUAAACUGGAGGGAGAGGACACCUCACGCCCACUGAAGGAGAAGGCAGCUGUUCAGAAAGUAGAAAAUGAGUCAGAUGAUUCUGCAGCCUUGCUGAACUCCACACGUUACCUGCUGGAUGACAAAGGUUCUUCCCAAGCCAGCCUUGCCCGAGAGGCUGAGAAAUCCCAAGAGGAAGAAGAGGAGGAAGAGGAGGAAGAGAAGACAGAAAGAACCUGGGAGAACAAACUAUCCAGAGAGUCUGGUGAUCUCCCUCCGACAAAAAGAAACAACUGGAUCUUCAUUGAUGAGGAACAAGCCUUUGGUGGGAGAGGUCAAGGACGUGGGCGAGGAAGAGGCUUCAGAGAGUUCACUUUCAGAGGCAGAGGCACUGUUGUGGGCAGCCGGGGAGUCUAUAACAACCAGCGGAGCAGCCGAGGGAGAGGGCUUCGGGAGUUCAACCAGCCAGAGGACUUCCCAAGAGGCAAGCCAAGGCGCCGGAUUGCAAGUGAGACGCACAGUGAAGGCUCAGAAUAUGAGGAGCUCCCUAAGCGUCGUCGGCAGAGGGGCUCGGAAAACAGCAAUGAGGGCUCUGUGCUGGACAGGGAGGACAGCGAUUUGAAAAAGGGAGACUUCAAAGAGUCUUGGAGGUCCAACAAGAUCUAUUCAGAUGAUCACAGUAGUCUGGAUCCGAAGAUGAGGGCUCCAAGAGCUUUUGGGAGAUCACUGCCGCCGAGACUGAGCAACUCUGGCUAUGGGCGAAGGGGUUUCAUGGGUAAAGAGCCCACCCAGUGGCAAGGCAGGAGUGGGGGAGCUGGGUGGCAGGAGUACAGCCACACCUCUCCAUCGGACGCUUUUGGGAGCAGGCAGCAGUCUGACAGGGACUACAUCCAGGAUUCUUAUAAGCACGUGGAUUCCUUCUCCGGCCGGGUUUUUGAUGAGAGUCAUCUGGAUGACAAAAGGCACUUUUUCCAGGAGGAUUACUCAGUGGAUCAGGAGAACAUAGAGAACAGGCCAUUCAGGAGGCGGCGUCCCCCCCGCCAAGACAAGCCCCCACGAUUCAGGCGCCUCAGACAAGAGAGGGAAUCAGUCGGCCAGUGGAACCCUGAGGAGGGAGGCCCCAACCUGCUGCCCAGCCAGUGGCCUGGAAGACCCAAGCUGACCACUGCAGAGAAGGGCAGCAUCUCAGGCAGACGGUCUCCUGAGCUGUCCUACCAGAACUCAUCAGACCAUGCCAACGAGGAGUGGGAGACAGCAUCUGAAAGCAGUGACUUCAGCGAGCGGCGGGAGAGGCGAGAUGGGGUUUCAGAGAGCGAAGGCCAGCUGGAGGGUGGCCUCGGGAGUGGGAGCUUGGGAGAGAAGAGGGAGCUAGCGAAGAGGAGCUUCUCAAGCCAAAGGCCGCUUGUCGACAGGCAGAGCCGCAAGGCCGAGCCAGCAGGGUUUGCGGAGCAGUCCGUCAGGACUGGUGUAGGAGCAGCUUCCAGAUAUGAGAGCCAGCAGAAUGGGACACUGAUAAAAAGCAAAAGGUCUCCAGAAGAAGGAGGGGGCCUUGGCAACACCAGUGGUGGGAGCAGCCACUCCAUUUACAGCUUGGAUAGGGCCUCCCAUGUGAACUCAGAGAGUGCUGAGGGGCCAGGCAAAAAGCCAGAGAAGGAGCCCAAAUCUACUGCGCAAAGAGCAAGUGAGAAGGGAGAGGCCUUGUCACAGUUUGAACUGAGUUAUGGAAGUACCAUCAUCGAUAAUCGGGUGUCAAACAUGGCAGAAGAGAAUGAAGUAGGUUCUAUAGCAGGUGAAGGCUUCAUUGAGGUUCUUACUAAAAAGCAGCGUCGUCUGCUGGAAGAAGAGCGAAGGAAGAAAGAACAGGCUGCUCAGGCACCAGCUAAGGCCCGCGUCCUUCAGUCUCGCAUUCCUCCUCGAUUUGCUAAGAAGCAGAACAGCUUGUGCUUGGAGCAAAGUGAUGUAACAGUUUCUGGAAACAGCCUGGGCACAGAGAUCUGGGAGAGCAACAGCCCAGCUCUUUCUGUUCAGUCUCCUGGCAGUGAUUCCUGGAGCAAGCCUGUAAAUACCUUUAAUGGUACUGAAUCUAGCACCACCGAGCAGGGUUUUAAAGGCAGCCAGGGGGAUAGUGGCAUUGACUUGAGCGCGGAGUCUCGGGAAUCCUCCGCUACCUCCUCUCAGCGCAGUUCUCCAUAUGGCACCCUCAAACCAGAGGAGAUGAAUGGGGCUGGCCUGGUGGACCCAAAGCCUGACUGCCAGAAGGAGCAAGUGCAGAAGCAAUCUGAUAAAAAGGAUUCAGAUCAAGGCUCAGGACAGAACAAGGAACACAAGCCUGGACCAAUCGGCAACGAACGCUCCCUGAAAAACAGAAAGGGUUCGGAGGGAACGGAACGGCUGGAAGGGAAUAUUCCCCCUGUUAACGGGGUGGAAAUUCACGUGGAUUCUGUACUUCCUGUGCCACCCAUUGAAUUUGGAGUAAAUCCUAAAGACUCCGACUUCAGCUUGCCACCUGGUUCUGCCUCUGGUACUGCAGCUAACCCUGUCACCAAAUUGCAGGAUGCCUUGGCCAGUAAUGCAGGGUUAACGCAGUCCAUUCCCAUUCUGCGAAGAGAUCAUCACCUCCAGCGGUGCAUUGGCCUGAACCCGAUGUCCUUCCCCACUGCAGACCUUACUCUUAAGAUGGAGUCUGCUCGUAAAGCUUGGGAAAACUCUCCUAGUUUACCAGAACAGAACUCCCCAGGAGGUGCAGGUUCAGGCAUCCAGCCUCCUUCCAGUGUUGGAGCUUCCAACGGUGUCAGCUACAGCUCUUUUGGUGGAGUUUCUAUGCCUCCUAUGCCUGUGGCGUCCGUAGCACCUUCUGCAUCUCUUCCAGGUAACCAUAUUCCACCCCUGUAUCUGGAUGGCCACGUGUUUGCAAGUCAGCCCCGCCUGGUCCCUCAGACGAUACCUCAGCAGCAAAGCUACCAACAGGCUGCUGCUGCUCAACAGAUUCCCAUUUCCCUCCACACAUCCUUACAGGCCCAAGCUCAGCUUGGGCUGAGGGGUGGUCUGCCCGUUUCCCAGUCCCAGGAGAUGUACAGCUCCAUACAGCCCUUCAGGUCUCAGGUGUAUAUGCACCCCAGUCUGUCUCAACCCAGCACCAUGGUCCUGACAGGAGGCACUGCUCUGAAGCCUCCGUAUUCCGCCUUCCCAGGCAUGCAGCCCUUGGAGGUGGUGAAAACCCAGUCUGGGUCCCCCUAUCAGCCUAUGAAUGGAAGCCAGGCACUGGUUUAUGAAGGCCAGAUAAACCAGGCGGCUGGUAUGGGAGCUUCCCAGAUGAUGGACUCUCAGCUUACACAGCUAACGAUGCCUGUGCCUGGCUCCCAGCUUCCUCUGCCCCGCUACGGCUCUGGCCAGCAGCCCCUGAUUCUACCACAGUCCAUCCAGCUCCCUCAGGGCCAAAACCUGCCUGUAGGAGCUCCCCGAAGAAUCCUCCCUCCUGGAUCCCAGCCUUCUGUUCUUGCUACCAGCAGGGAGUCCUCCCAAAUGGAAAUGAAAGGGUUUCAUUUCUCCGAUGGUAAACAGAAUAUGUCCUCCGGAGGGUCUGUACCGUCACCACAUACGUACAGGCCUAGCUCUGCCAGCCCAAGUGGGAAGCCAUCUGGACCAGCAGUUAGUAUGGGCUCUGUGCAAGGACACUAUGUCCCACAGGCAAAGCAGCGGGUGGAUGAAAAUAAAUCCAACCUGGGAUCAGUAAAGCUGCAAGAAACGGCCUCCACAAACCAGAUGAAGCCAGUGCGCACAGGAGCGAUCAAACCUCAGGCAGUCAAAGUGGAGGAAAGUAAGGCCUAGGAGCACCUCCGAUGCCCAGCUGGUCCUGCUGCCUGAGAGGCACUGCAGCUUAGACUGGACCCCACUGGAUCUCCUGAAAAUCUCGCCAGAUCUACUCCCUGCCCCACAUUGACUGACUACAGCGACAUCAUCCAAGCCCCUCUUGUGACAAAGCAGUUUGAAACAGUGGAUAUGACAUUGACCUGCUUGCUUUAAAACAAACCAACCAUGUGACUUUUAAGUGGCUCGAGCCAUUUAUUUCCCCCUCCCCCCCCAUGCCCCAUCCACAGGUAGCUGUGAUUGCUCACUUGGCAAAGCCCGUCCUUCUCCUUCCCUACUUCUGUCUCAGCAGAGUGGCAACUGGGGGAGAGGGGUUAGUUUGAGGUUUUUCAUUUUAAAGGCAGCUGAGGUUUUUACGAAAAAGCUAUAUCUUUGUUUAUAGCAGAACUUUUAUAUGUUCUCUCAUUUCCUCCUCCCCUUCUUUCAGCUUUCCUCAUUCCUUUCAGAAAAGAAUUCCCUUCAGCUAAAAUUAUGUUGUGACAAAACUCUGCUUAGUUUUAUAUACGGUUCUGUGCUGUGUUGAGAAUCAUGGCUCUUCUAAGUGGAAUUUGUUUGGAUGUAUUUUCCCCAGAUGAUUUAGCCUUUCAGAUUAUUUGAUUAAAAAAAAAAACAGGACAGUUAUGGCAUUCAUUAAUUUUUCAGUAUUUUUAUUUUAAGCUAGAAGCAGUGCUUGCGCUAGAAGUAAAUGUGUACUAAAGGUAUAUAGCAGAUCAGUCCAUUAAUCUUGAAACUUGCACCACUUUAGUUGUAGCUUUGUAGUGCACUGUGCACAACAAAAGGUGGCAUUUUUGUUUUAAGAAAAAAAAACCAAACACCAAAUUUCUGUUGCAACCUCAUCUGGAUCUGGGGGGGGGUGGGGGGGGGGGGGGAUUUUUAGUGACUGCCAAACAAACAACACAAUGCAAAUCACAAAUUCACAAAAUGUAAAAUCUCUUAAAAAUCUCCUCACCGCACAUGGGUCAGAAGAGUUGGCUAAAGCCAACAGGUCUGUAUGGACUACUUUUUGUAGUUGUGAUGCUCUCUUAUGUUCCCUUCCUUGUCCACUCUUAACGCUUCAUAUCUCCUGAGACUUGUUCUGUAUUGUGUUCAUCCCUUGGGGCUGCUCUCCUAAGCUUUGCUCUUCUCCCUUUUCCCCAAGUCUUGCUUUCUAUUCCUCUAACUCAUGGCCUUCUGUAAAAUUUGCAUAGAAACGUAUCGGUAAGGGAGCCCCUCUGCAAGGUAGCCAUAUUAGCACACUUGGAACCUCCUUUUUUUGUGUUGGAAGCACAUGGUUACAGAGGCAGUUUGGAAUCAUCCUUUUACUCUCCUUCCCCAGAUGGACAGCAAAGGUUUCUUUACUUUUGAUGCAGCUGCAUAUAGUGUGUAUACAGUGUCAUCACCUUAUACUUUCGUACCAAUAUUUGAUGAUCUAUGAAAGGAAGGGCCCAGGGGGAGGGGGUUGGGGUUUUAUUUCUUUGAUUGUUUGGGUUUUGGGGUGUGUGUGUGUGUGUGUGUAGAUUUUAGGACAGUCUUACAAGUUCCUGAAAGUGCUUGGAGUCCUUCAGCUGACAGUAGUCUUAAGUAAACUCAACUACUUUUCAGCCAACUUGGUUUGUGUUGUUUAGCUCUUUCAAAAUGUAAAGUAGGCUGGUCACUCUGAAGUGAGGGAAAGAAAACUUCAUUUUUGCAGGAGAUGAUAGCUUGCUAACUGGCUGUGCCGUCUGCCUCUGCUAGGUGGCAGCAAGUCAUUUGGUGGUGGUUCCAAAGAAGAUAUUUUGAACAAAGAAUGUAUUUGGGAAGGGAUCUGAAAGGUGUUCUUGUUUCUUCAUUUGCUUUUUCCCCCCCCUUUCUGGGAAAGAUACUUCAUAACUUUUUAGGGAUGCGUUUGAAGUUUUAAGCUAGGUAUAAAUAAGAGUUUUAUACAGUAGCUUUAAAAAGCUUAGAAACCUAAACUAACUUAGACAUAGUAAUGUCCCCUCUCCAGAGGUGUCCCCCUUGACCAUGGCAGAGAACCCAAAGGGAAAGGGAUAGGAUGGUACUUUAAGAAAAAUAAAAGCUUUUUUUUCCCCCCUCAUGUCUUAAGGAUUUUUAACUUCAGAGCAGAGUGUGCCAGCAUCUCUCCAGCAUCCUCCUUAAAGUACAGGGUUUGUGAUUUAGUGACAAAUAUUUCCUCAGCCUUCAGACAUUUCCCAGGCCUGCAUCCUCAUCUGCUAGUCCUGCUCCCAACAUUUUCCAAAGAUUGCUCCGCCAAUAAGUCAUCCCACCCCCCUUUCUAUUUUCUUCCUUGGAACAUCAUGAACAACAGAAUUAAUCUGUUUUUUCUUUUUUUUUUUUUUUUUUUUUUUUUUUUUUUGUUCUUAUUCUGCCCAGCUGGCCCUAGCUAAUAUCAACCCAGAAUCGUAACUGUAAUGGUUAAAGAGACUUAUCCGAGCCCCCUCUUCUCAUCUCUUCCCUACCCUAUGGACACACUACUUAAGCUUUACAAAGACACUAACCUCUUUCCUCCCACCUUUAUGACUUUAAAAUGGUCAAAUGUGUUGGAGAAACUGGGUUAUUGCUAGAUACAAGUUAUUGCAGUCCCUCUGGUGUAAAUGCCAUCAGAACUACAAUACUUCCUGUUGAAAAAGGUCAUCCUUCUUUCUCUUUUAACCCCUCCCUUCCUUCCCCCAACAGAAUAAAACACUAGAAUUUAUUUAUACGUAUUUGAUGUUGUAGGUCUAGGUGAAAAAGUAAUUGUUUCACUGCUCUAUUUAUAUAUUAUGUCUGAAUUAUUCUGUGCAGGAAAGGCCAAGAAAUGCAUGUGAGCUUCAUUCCAUUCCUCACCUUUGCGUGACUGUCGGCUGCAGUUGGCAAGACUCUCUUUCACUUAAUGGAGUUUUGUGUGAUGGAAAGCAGUUUUAGAGCCCAAAUUUCUAAGGUGCAAUAUCCUUCUUCUCUGGCAUAUAUUUUUGUUUGUUUGUUUAAAGCUAGUACAAGCUUAGUGCAGUUUGUGGUGCUCUUGAGUCAAAAGGAAAGUCUCUGAUCCUCAGAGUGCAGAAAUGCCAAGGGUGCUGGUAGGGUGAUACAAAUUCAGCUUGGGGAAGAGGAGAAUGGAGAUGUAUAGAAUGUGGAUAUGGCUUAUCGGGGAUAAUUCUGCUUGCCGUCUCCACUGCUGAAGGGUCAGGCCCUAAUGAUUUAUUCCUUUGCGAGUUGCUUUUGCUUUGACUGGAAAUCAGCUAUCAAAUUGCAGGCUCCUUCUGCUAGGAAAGGUGCAGUGGGAGGGAGAGGUGGAAUCCAUAUUUUCAGCAACAAUGGGUGAAGCAGAAAUAUUCAGAGACUGACUUUGCUGCUUUUUGUUCAGCUGGAGGUCUGAAGCAUGUGCAUAACCGGUUCUUUUAUAUGCAGUGAUUCAUGGCCUAGCAGCUGCAUUCAGUGCUGCUUUUCUCUCCAGUUCAACCUGCUUUUAGCUCUUAAUUUAAACAAAAAAAGGCAAAAAAAAAUAAAAAAAAAUUUGAGGUUGAGGAAGAAAAAAAGGAAGGGGGAGGGGAGCACUCCAGUAUGUUUAAAAAAUAACAAGUGGAAGCAGCACAGUCACCAGUGACACAGGUAUUAUUGUUGAUCUUCCAUAACUCGCUCCUGGCUCUGCCGUGUGGCAGCUGUACAGUGGUCGGUAACUCUGAAUGUGUUUGCAGCCCAUUGAACUCCAUACGUGUUUGUGUUCAUGCAGAGGCACUCCAUUUAACAGUUUCCUUGCAAGAAUGCUGCAAAGCUACAAGCUGCCCUGUGGUUCCUGUGUAUUUAUAGAUAUAUAUAUUAAAAAAAAAAAAAAAGAGCCUAGCAUUUUUGCUACGUCUCACCUUUUGGCAGGUUACUCUAUUCACUUUCAAGCGAGCACCACUGCAUGCCAAGAUCUCGUUCUGUUGCAUUUUGUUAACCUUCUGGUUUGCUUCUGACUGGUUAAGCACAGGUUAAUUCCUUGUAAGCGUGGGUUAUUUUUGACGUAUGGGCAGCCCAGUUUCCUUGUAAGAAAAAGAUGCAUUUGUGAAUAAGAAUUAAUUUACAACAGGCGUCAGGAUACUUAGUUGUGGCCCAUUGACAGAAAAGGUGUGUUUUGCCGAAGCAGUGGAACUGCUGGCUGUGAAGAGGCAGCAGCAGUCCAACUACUUUUAUUUUGUUUUGUUUUAAUCCGAAGACCACCAGAUUUUCCUAGUGGCCAUAGACACUUGGGUUUAAUGGCUCGUCUCGGCUCCUCCAGAUGUCUGCAGCCACAACCUUGACCGUUCCCCUGGGAAUCGCACAGCAGCAGUGAGGCUCACCCUUUAGCAUGUCUCAAGGCGUUGUCCUUAGCUGGAAUCCUUCCUCUGGUUCUGUAUAAAUUGCAUUUGUUGUUUCUCAAGGGGAUAUUGUACUCCUUAAAGCUUUUAACCUCAUGACCUGUAUAGUAAAUUUUUUUUGGCCUUUCCUCUCUUUGUCUUUUCAUGUAGACCAGAUAUUUGAAAGGGCAGACGAUGGAUAAUUGUGUAACGUGCAACCUGUUUAUAUUUUUUGGAAACUUUUACUUGGACCGGAACUCGAAUCACGGAAUCACCAGGCCAGUUGCGGCACACUCUUUAUUGCCCUUUUUCCUUGUUUCAGUACCUAUUGUUUCUCCUUUCAAAUAUGUGAUUGUAUUAGCUCUUUCCAUAUGAAAGAA